CUGCUGCUCGAAGACCAGCAAGCGGCCGGAAUUAGCCAGAACUCAAGCGCUCGCUAACACUAUCCGCACCCCUCUUCCAGGAUUUCUUCGCCUGGGUAAUUAUGGCCCGUUGCGGCACAAUGGAGCAGCUCCCCAGUCAAUUUCCUAUCGAAUUCAGAAAUCGAUUGGAUGGCUGCGAUGCGGGGAUAUAUAUCGAAACCGAAAUCUGGCCUACGCCCCUCGUAUCCGUGAACUCUUUUUUUUUCUCCUCCUUUGGUGUUUGGUAUUGUGCCACCGAGGUCUACCAGUGGGUGGCGACGCAGGGAAACCAGGCGCAUGUACUUACAUAUUUGUCUGCAUACGUCUGCAUGGCACCGCGUUUUGCUGUUGCUUGUUCUUUCAAUCACGUAUGCUCGCCGACUUCAGCACACCCACCUGACGCUCAUCAACCCACUUCUUCUUUUUGCUCAGGCUAG